UUCCAACUCAUUUUUACAAUUAAAUAAAUAAAACAUAAAAAUUUGUUAUAAUUAUCAAAUUGAAAAGAGGGCGCUGAAGAAGCCGGAUCCGAAUCGAAAUUGUUGGGUUGGGCUUUGUGUGUCCUUUAAGCCUGUUAUUGAGUUCUAGGAUUCGUUACGUUUGUUAGAUAGUUUUUAGUCCAAAUAAUUCAGUUUACUUGGUCAAUGUUUACGUUAGAGAGAGGUCUGUUAGCUGCUGCUGAAUUUUAGGAUAGUGGGAUAGAGGAUCAGCUGUUGUUUGGUGGUGAGAGGUGAGUACGAGGGAAACUGAUUAUAUUUAAUCAUUUUGUUGGUCUUUCAAUAAAGUUUGGUCAGUUUGCCCAUUUUUGAGCCUUCAGGAAUCGGAGACUUUCUCAAGCAAUUCGUGUGGGUACGUCGGAGGAAAACGACGACGGCGGUGGGUAUACCGGGGCUCCGUAGUCUCUGCUCUUCUCACCAUUGUGAAAUCCGAUUUGAGGCUUGAUUUGAGGGGUUUCAGAAUUAAGUAAAAGAAGCCAACGAGAAGAAGAAGGAAGUAAGCGGAAGAAGAUGCAGUGGUGGAAAUAGAUCCUUCACUUUGAUUUCUGGGACUCAGGGCAAUGAAGCUUGAAGCAAAAUAGAGCACGAGCUAUUCAAGUUGUGAAGACGAAGACUUGUUUUGUGAAGGCGGUCUAGGAAAGCAAGAAGCUGGGCGUCAAUGGCUGGAGCGCGGCUGAGCCUGCGAGGAUUAUUUUUGAGUGACUAUUCGCUGUCGCAGCAGAGACUCGAAGAACGGACGGGCAGGAAUUCCGAUUCCGAUUCCGAGUUCUCUGCGAAUAUGGAGAUCUUGGUAUCCGGGAGUAUUUCUCGAGGAAGGGAAAAAUUAAAUUUCAAUUUUAUAAUUAUAAUAAUUUUUAUUGUGAAAAUGAGCUGGAAUUAUUAAAUAUUUUAUUUACUAUUUUUUAAGUGCCACGUCACUUAGUUAACGGUCAACUUUUAGAGUUGACUGCCACAUCACACAAAGUUAACGGAAUUGGACGGAGAGUGACCAACAUUUGUUUGGACUAAUAACAAAAAGGUAAUUUUGUCCAUCUCUAUUCAAAAGUUUGCAAGUUUACUCCAGUCAGCACGCCAUGUUAUCAACAAAUAAUAAUAAAAAAUUAAUAAACCAAAUCAAUUAUACCCAAUCAAACAAAACUCAACCCCACCCAAAAAUUAUACCCAAUAAAAUUAUAAACACAUUUCGGAACAAACUCAAAUUUGUUUCCCCUUUCUGUAACCCUAAUCCGAAAAUUAUCCUCAUACCCCAAUGAGUUAAUCCAGUCCGUCAAACUUCUUCGCCUCGGUCAAAUAUGGCUUCAUGUGAAACAGACCUGCAGUUUAUUAGGGUCCGUCAUGCCGUAAUUAAACCAAUUACUGAAAAGGUUUAAUACACUUGUAUAUCCAAAAGUAUCACGGUUGUGCCAAUAAUAUCCAAAAAACCGGAAAUACCACUUAUAUCCAUGUUUUAAAGUUGUUCUUUGCCAAAUCUAUCCAUCUCCGUUAAAUGCUUUGACGGCGUUACUAACUCUGUCAACAUAGCUGACGGCAAGCUGAUUGUACGCCAACUAUGCAGACACGUAAGCGCCACCUACGCCAAAAGUGCCACGUAAGAGUGAAUUAAAAAAUAAUAAUUUUUUUUUAAAAAAAAACCUCAUCCCACAUAUUACCAAUGACGACGAACAACGAGGUUGCUCUGAAAUCCCUUUCUCCUUUCGUUUUUUAGGGUUCGCACCCUGGCGGCGAUAAAAUCUCCUCCUGCCGACUGAGGCUCCUCCAGGCGAUUUAAGAUCCUCCCGCCGACUGUAUAUACUCCCUGAGAUUGAAGAUCCUCCCGCCGAGUGAAGGUUUCGGAUUCGUGGUUUCUGGCGAUUUGGCGACUCCUGCGAUUCUGGCGGAUUUGGCGAUUGGCGAUCGGCGACCCAGAUUCACGACAAAAGCGAUUUGCAGACCCAGAUUUCCAUUUGUCGUAGGUGAUUAACUUCUUUGUUGAUUCUCGUCUCUGCAUUUGAAUUUAGUCGACGUUUCGCCAUGUCGAAGAGAUGUUCUUCUUCAACUUCGACACAAGGUCAUGGGGUGGUACUUUGCAAACACAACGUGGCUUGUGUGGUUAAUACCUCUAGUACGGAAAUGAACCCAGGCAGACAGUUCUAUGGGUGCCGAUAUUGGAAGAACGAGAAAAAGACAUGCGGUUUCUUUAGGUGGGUACAUUGGAUGGUUGAUGAAGUGGAUGAAGAAACCUCUACAAUUGGGAGUUCUCAGCUGAAGCUCGAGGAUAAUUUGCGGAUAGCCGAGUCGAAAGCGGAAAGGAGGAAGAAGGAGAAUAGAAUUUUGGUUGAAGAGUUGUCAAGGUUGAUGAAGACUCAAGAAGUUAUGCUGGCUGAAGGAAGGAGAUUGGCUCAUGACAUCCGUCUCAUCCGAUAUCAUUUCACAGUGGUUGUUGUAGUGAAUUUCAUAUUGCUUGUUCUUUUGUGGCAACACCUUGUUAUGUAGAAGUAGUUCUAUUGUACUAGGUUUGCUUCCAUGAGAAAGGUGAUUGUUGUAUCUUAGAUGAGAUGUUAAACACAAGGGAGUUGUGCCAGCACCAUGUUUGCUGUCAAUUGUAGUUGUUGUAGUUUAUGAGCUUCGAAUUUGAUAUGCUAGACACAAGGUAGUUGUGUUAUCUUUCUCCUUUUGAGUUAAAUAGUUUAAGUUGUUGUAGUUGAUGACCUUCCAAACAUGAGCUCCAAUCUGAUAUGCUAAAUAGCUGUUCAUUACACUGGAGUCUAAGAUUAUGAAGCAUAACAGUCAGCUCCAAUCCGAGAUGCUAAAUGGCUGCUCAUUACACUGGAGUCUAAGAUUAUGAAGCAUAACAGUCAGCUCCAAUCUGAGAUGCUAAAUACAUAUUCAUUACAGAG